GGCUACAUAGGAUUCUAUGUUGUGCCCUUCAAGCAAGAGGGAAAAGGGGUUAAAAUUGUACGUUUGAGUUUCAUCGACAAUUACGAAGGUAAGAGACACCAGGAGACACCAGAGAGACACCAGGAGACACCAGAGAGACACCAGGAGACACCUGGAGACACCAGAGAGAGACCAGGAGACACCAGAGAGACACCAGAGAGACACCAGAGAGACCCAGUACUUAGAGAGAGGAGAGCAAAACCGAGAGAGACAGAGAUAGACAUAAAUAGCAACAGAAAAAGAAAGAAAAAUAGAGGUAGAGAGAGACAGAUAGAGAGAGACCGAUAGAAAGGAGAGAGACAGAUAAAGAGACUGUAACUCAUAUGGACGGCGGCCUGGCCAGGUUGAGGCGGAGGUGAGAGGAUGAAUCGUUACACCACCCUGAGGCAGCUGGGAGACGGAACCUACGGCAGCGUCCUGCUGGGGAAGAGCAACGAGUCUGGAGAGCUGGUGGCUAUCAAGAGGAUGAAGAGGAAGUUCUACUCCUGGGAAGAAUGCAUGAACCUGAGAGAGGUUAAGUCGCUGAAGAAGCUGAACCAUGCCAACGUGGUGAAGCUGAAGGAGGUGAUCCGGGAGAAUGACCACUUGUACUUUGUGUUUGAGUACAUGAAGGAGAACCUGUACCAGCUGAUGAAGGACAGGGAGAAUAAGAUGUUCAGUGAGGGUGAGAUUAGGAACAUGCUGUUCCAGGUGCUGUCAGGCUUGGCCUUCGUACACAAGCACGGGUUUUUCCACAGGGACAUGAAGCCAGAGAACCUGCUCUGCAUGGGUCCAGAGCUGGUGAAGAUUGCUGACUUUGGAUUGGCUAGAGAGAUCCGCUCUCGUCCUCCAUACACAGACUACGUGUCUACCAGGUGGUACCGCGCACCAGAGGUGCUGCUCAGAUCGUCCACCUACAGCUCUCCUAUUGACAUGUGGGCGGUGGGCUGCAUCAUGGCUGAGCUCUACACACUCAGGCCCCUGUUCCCUGGCAACAGCGAGGUGGACGAGAUCUUCAAGGUGUGCCAGGUGCUGGGGACCGUGAAGAGGUCUGACUGGCCAGAGGGCUACCAACUGGCCUCUGCUAUGAACUUCCGCUUCCCCCAGUGUGUCCCGACCCACCUAAAGACCCUGAUCCCCAACGCCAGCCCCGAGGCCAUCGCUCUCAUGAGAGACCUCCUGCAGUGGGACCCCAAGAAGAGGCCCACCGCAGUGCAGGCACUAAGGUACCCCUACUUCCAGGUGGGCCAGGUUUUGGGGCCACGCCCCCAGAGCCAGGAUGUUCGGAAGAUUUUACUGCGGUCAUCACAGCCCGGCGUGGCCGAGCCCAAAGCUGAACCCCAGUCGUCCUCCGGGUCAGGCUCCCAGCCCAGGACCAGACCCCCGCAGCAUAUUACUCUGCCCCAGGCAGAACUCCACACAGAGGGGGGCCGCCACGGACCCCCUGCCCCCCCUGGGCCCCCCGCACACCCUCAAAUGGCAUCUGGGGACAGUGAGAUCAGACCAUGUGUUGAUGUGCAGGCAUCUGGGGACAGUGAGAACAGCACGGCAGGGAUGAGGAGUGGGCGGAGGCGCUGGGGUCAGACGGUGAAGACCUCCGACAGCUGGGAGGAGUCCGACCCCUCAGAGACGCUGUCCCACUCCAAGAAGCCCACCCUGGGGGCAGAGGAGAGGAGCAGCAGGGACCCACACCCCCCACAACCCAAAGACCAGAAGGCUCUGUACACCUUCAGCACCAUCACCAAGCUCCCCAGCAACGUGAAGAUCGGCCAAUCAGACGGUGGGCACCCAGGGUCCUCAGCGAGGCAACACUACCUCAGCCAAUCACGAUAUCUCCCUGGGUUGAUAGGAAAGACCCAGAGUGCAGCAGGGGUGAAGGAGAGCGCUGGGCCCACUCUCAGAGACCUCUGGGAUGGAUCCACCAAGCCCCUGGUCCCCUUGUCUGGAGCUGUGGCCGUCACCAGGCUCAACCCAGAGGACACUGCUUCUAAAUCCUCUGAUAUGGCCUCUGAUAAACCUGUGGAGAAAUCUGUCCAAAAGGAACGGAUCCUAGAGAAACUCGAUCCAGCCAAAGGGAACUUUGUGAGCACAAAGUACAACCUCUCCGGGGGUUACAUGCCCUCCUUCCAGAAGAAGGAGGUGGGGUCUGUGGGCCAGAGGCUGCAGCUGGCACCGCUGGGAGGACUGAACACAGUCCUUUCUUCUUCACUUGACAAUAAAAGUGGCAAACAAAAGUCUUCCAAGUUGAAGUCUGCGUCCAGCUCGUCGCAUAGCGAAAGUAUUGAAGACUACGAGGGGUGGAUGCACAGGGCAGGCCGGGGCUCUGGCCAGGGAAAAGGCCCCAGCUACUCGGCCCUGGGGAAAAGCUCUGGGUCCCUCCUGGCCAGAGCCCCGGCCCCACAGCCCGUCCACGGCAGGGUGGACUGGGGCUCCAAAUACAGAGGGAACCGCUAGACACAGCCCCAGAGACCUGCCAGGCCAACAGCACAGCGCUGAAACUCUUUCCUUUCUGGCCACCCUGAUGUUGCCGACCCAAGAUUUGUUUAGUGAAGGGAUGUCUGGAAGAGCUUUGACCACUGAAGUCAUGUUGGGUCUGUGGCAUUCCCUCAGGGAAGGGAGAACAGGAGAGGGAGAGGGAUGGAGAGAAUGAGCAGGAGGGAGGGAGAGGCGUAUUGAAGAGUAUUCAAACACAGCUGUUCACAAACUAUGUAGGGAAGGUUGUCUUUCCAUCACAAUCAAAACGUUCUCCAAAACACACCUGGAAGCACAUCCAAGCCUUCGUUGUGUCCUGGCUUCAGCCAGGUGUCGAGGCAGGGGACCACCUGCGGGGGCUGGAGAAACACCUGCUACCUGAAGGGUUAGAACCCUGGAGUCCAGCCCUGCCCCCCUCUCCUGCAGGGGCUACCUGAAGGGUUAGAACCCUGGAGUCCAGCCCUGCCCCCCUCUCCUGCAGGGGCUACCUGAAGGGUUAGAACCCUGGAGUCCAGCCCUGCCCCCCUCUCCUGCAGCACCACAGACUGCUGUCAAGGUCACAAUCACAGACUACAACGCAUCAUUCAGUUUGUAUCACAGUUUUUCAGUCGAAUAUGCAUGUAUAUUAUUUUCAAGCCUAUUGUUUACAAUUGUCAUUCAUAAUGACAAAAUAAUUUCCCCCUGCAUUUAGCUACCAUGGUGCACAGCUAAGUAAUAUAUACGUUUCUUAUUUGUCAAUAAUCUCCUGACCAGCCAUACACUACGCAUAAUGUGACUAACGUAUCUGACAGCUGUGACUUCAGUAAUACCUACUGUAAAUGACAGUGUAAGCUUAUGUUGUACAAAUGCAAGAAAUAAACACCAACCAUUUUAUAAAC